AUGAGUAAAGUAGUCAAAUCAGACAGUGAAUGGAGACUUCAGCUUCUGCCUGCCGCAUUCAAGGUUUUACGCCAAGGAGGUACGGAACCAGCUGGAACAGGAGAAUAUAAUCGUACACCUGCAAAAGAGAAUGGAGUAUACCGUUGUGUAGGGUGCUCCAAUCCAUUGUAUAAAGCCCUGACCAAGUUCGACUCUCACUGUGGAUGGCCAGCAUUCUUUGAAGCCAUACCUGGUUCAAUUACAACUUUAAAAGAUACUAGUUUUGGUAUGGUACGGGAGGAAAUGAGAUGUGCAAAGUGCGAUGGACAUUUAGGUCAUAUAUUUAGAGGUGAAGGUUAUAAGAACCCAACAGAUGAAAGACAUUGUGUCAACAGUGUAUGCUUGAAGUUUUCAGAAGACUAA